ACACAUCGACAAUCAUGCCGUGUACGUGUCUGUGACGUUGCUGGACGCGGCCGGACGUUGCGACGCUGAUCGUGAGAGCUUGUCCCGCAGCACAAUUUUUCUCAACUCCUUCCGAACCGCCUACCGCGUAAGGUAGAGGGUCUUCCUCGAGCGAACAUGGCAGAGGAGAAGGAUAAAGAGAAAACGGCGCUCGUGUUGCUCGUCGACGGAUCGGAGGAAAUGGAGGCCGUGAUAACUGUCGACGUCUUACGGCGCGCCGGGAUUGCAGUUACCGUAGCUGGCGUAUGGGAUGUCAGUUGCGUGAAAUGCAGCCGUAAUGUUAAAAUCUGCACAGAUGCCAUGUUCACUGAUGCUACUCAGGACAAGAGUUAUGACAUUGUUAUAUUACCUGGUGGACUUAAUGGAUCUAAGGCAUUUAUGUCUUCCGCAGAGGUCGGAAGGUUGUUACAAAAGCAGGAUAAGGAGAACAAAUUAAUAGCGGCCAUCUGUGCAGCCCCCACAGCUUUGAAAACGCAUAAUAUUGGCAAAGGAAAACGGAUCACCUCCUACCCAUCUAUGAAAAAUGACUUAUGCGACGACUACGAAUAUGUAGACGACAAAUCAGUGGUGAUUGAUGGUAAUCUCAUUACGAGCCGAGGACCAGCGACGGCAUUUGAUUUUAGCCUAGCCAUCGUUGAGACAUUGACAAACUCGAAAACAGCCGAGCAUGUCGCAAACGGAUUACUGUAUGAAAACUACAAGAGCUGCAAAUAAAAUUCUCCAAAGUCUCGCUUUAUAGUCGCGGCUAUAAAGUUCCCGGUACAUAAGUUUGAUGUAUUCGGUGUGUUUGAUUUUAGGAAGAUUCAUAUACUGUAAACGCACACAUAUAAGAAUGUAGCUAUUAUAAACAAAAAAUUACAAUAUAUAUAUGUAAUUAUAAUACUAUAUAUAUAUAUGUACUGAAACGUGGAAUUGAAGUUAUACAUGUACCAAAGCGUGAAACUAAAAUGAUAUAUAUGUACUUGAGAGGUAAAAAAUAAAUUAUAUAAAUAAUA